UCAAAUAUUCCGCAAAACAAAAAGCACUUUGUUCGGAGACAGAGGGGAGGUUGCUAGGUGGGAGGUGAGUAACGUUAGAUGGAGAGUAUUGUAUGGUUUUUUUGGCGUCCACUUACACUGCCCCGAGAAGAUCCCGCAGGACAAGGAGAGACAAAAGGAGAGGAGGGAGUGAUGACACCGUCCAUGCGGGUCGGAUGGACAUAAAAAAGUGACGGCAAAAGGCGAUGAUGAGAAAAGGGCGGGGAUUCACACGACCCCGGUUGAUGGAAAGGAGCGGCGGAAAUCGAGUUGAUCCAUGCGGGUUCUGUGAUGCAGCAAGAACAGUGUAGUGGAUUUCAUCAUACCUCUGCUACAGAGAGCGAAGACCGUUUUAUUUAACCGGAGGCGGAGAUGGCGCGUGUGUACCGGAUCCUUUCACUAGCCUAGUUAGCACUGAUUUAAUAAAAAAAAAUCCUUUUAAAUAAAUUCUUGCACGAACGGAGAUGAUAUAAGAAGGAAUUUCCAGUAACAUUCUUCCUUCUGGAUGAAAAAGAAACAUGCAGUCGAGGUCUCUGCUACCAGCAGAACAUUUUGCAGCUAGGCUAAGGCAACCAUACCAGGUUUGACUGAAUGGGCGGGUGGUGAUCUGAAACCACAAGCUGUUACAAUGUUGGUGAGAUGCCACCGGAGCAAGUUGUCGGUGUGGGGCGUUCUGUGUAUACUGGUACUUUGCUGGCUAUACAUUUUUCCUGUGUACAGACUCCCGAGCGACAAGGAGAUAGUUGAUGAAGUGCUGCGGCACGGACAAGUGUGGGAGAAGAACCGGACGGGCAUUGAUCUGUUCAGGAAGCUGCUGGCAGAAUGCUGUGACCCGAGGAGGAUGUUUGCAGUGACUAAGCAGAAUUCUCCUAUGGGAAAGGUCUUAUGGUACGAUGGAGAGCUCUACCAUUCACACACGGUCAACAAUGAGACCUACUCUCUCUUUGUGAAGGAGACACCUCUUCAGCUUCCCCUCAAGAGGUGUUCAGUAGUGGGCAAUGGAGGGGUCCUGAAAAACAGUGGCUGUGGGAAGGAUAUUGACCAGGCCGACUUUGUCAUGCGGUGCAACCUUCCGCCGUUGUCUGAAGCUUACACGGAGGACGUGGGCACCAGAACACACCUGGUCACAGCCAACCCCAGCAUCAUUGAGAAAAGGUUCCAGAACCUUCUUUGGUCACGGAAAGCCUUUGUGGACAGCAUGAAGGCCUACGGCUCUAGCUACAUCUACAUGCCAGCCUUCUCCAUGAAGCCUGGAACCGACCCCUCCCUGAGGGCGUACUAUGCCCUGGCCGAUGCCUCGUCCAACCUCACCAUGCUGUUUGCCAACCCUGAGUUUCUCAGGACCGUGGGCAAGUUCUGGAAGGGUCGCCGAGUACACGCCAAGCGCCUGUCCACGGGCCUCUUCCUUGUCAGCUUGGCAUUGGGCCUGUGCGACGAGGUGACUGCCUAUGGCUUCUGGCCGUUGAGCGUAGGCCUGGACGGGCAGCCAAUCAGCCACCACUACUAUGACAAUGUGUUGCCGUUCAGCGGUUUCCACGCCAUGCCUGAAGAGUUCGUCCAGCUCUGGCAGCUACACAAAAGCGGUACGCUGCGUAUGAGGGUGGGACAUUGCACCCCUAAGGAAGUCGGUGGUUAGGUCUCUUGAAACAAUGAGCCCCCUUCCCUUUUUGGAACCCGCACCCGUUAUAAAUCUCCCCAGACCUCUGGGUGAUAAGAGGAACAAAACCAAACAGGUGGUUUUCCCAGAGGUCUUAUGAAAACAAACUGAAAGACUUAAAAUGCGUAAAAGUAGAAAACAUCUUCAGGAGCGGGGCUGAAAGACUGAAAUAUAAUUAAAAGGGAGAUAGGAGGAUGUCCCAUUACUUGCUUGUUUUUUGUUGUUUCGUUGUUUCUGCUUUUGUUCGCUUGAAUGCUUGACGGCCAUUUUAAGCAAUCAAUCAGUGUCGAAAUAGGAUCUAUAUGUUUUUUAAAGAUGUUCUUAACCACUAUAUCCUAGGGCUGGUUUUUCAAAAGGUGUCUGGUUAUUCCAAUCUGAUAGGGUUACAUGAAUUUCGAUUUUUCAAAACAGGGACAUUUGACUCAUAUUGUGCGUUCAAGGAAAAAGACAUUGUAACCCCUGACCCUAACUGGAGGAGUAAAUCCCUUCGUCCCGGCAGGCCUAUGAAGUCGAUCUCUUGCCAACUUCAUGCCCAGAUAUUUGACGGUCGAGUCAGAACACCGGAACAUACAGGGACUACUCAGGACCAAGGAUUUCCGUUAUCUCCAUAGGUUUUUAUUUAACAGAAGCUUCCAGGCAAUCGUUCAUACCGACAUACAGAAGGUAAGAAAAUAAAGGAAGGAUCCCAAAGAAAAGUAAGAAACCCUCAUCUUAUAAAAAACAACCAAACCCCUGUUAGAGUUCCUCCCAUUCACACCUCCAACAUAUUUUGGGAGAUUCUACAAGGCUGUGAAGCAACCCCACGACCUCAUGUGCUUUCUCACUCUUAUGCAGCUGGGCCUCUGUCUGUGGGAAAAGUGAAGCCUACGCAACUCCUACACUGUCUGUAUUUCUCCUGUCCCACCCUCCUGUGCAGCUGUCGUGUGCCGACCCUGCCUGCCACUGUCCACACUCUGUCCUAGUAACUUUCCACUCAUGCACACACAAAUGCUGAGUGUGUGUCCAGUCUGCCCUUGGAAAGACUUUACUCAAAAUAGUAUGUGCAUACAAUGCAGUUUUCUGUCAUUCUACAUUUAUUCACUAAUAUGAAUACCUUUAUACUAGAUUAUUCUUCCACAGAUGUUGAUAUUGUGCUGUGUGGUUCAGAAUGACACUCCUAUACUUAAUCUGAUCUCCCCAAAAUAUUUUAAAAACCAGCCCCUGCUCUCCCCUAAAAUGUUCUGUUGCGCACAGCCACGCUGAAUGGUCGCCCUGUUCACUAAAAGGGAUGCCAAAAACUUGGCCGUGUUAGAAUACAUCUGUGUUCUUUUUUUUUUAUCAGUUAUACAUACAUUUGAUGAUACAUGUUUUUAUGUUUAGAGACUGUGCGUUGGCGGUGGUUCAAUUACAAUAGAAAGCUGAAGAUGUGAUUGAUUGAUUUGAUUGAUCAGAUGUUUUCACAAAUAUCCACUGCAAAGAAAAUCAAUGUAUGGAUGCUUCAUAUCACCAGUAUGUGUUCAUAAUGAUUGCCAACUCCCUUUUACAAUCGCUUAUUGGUACAAUCCAUCAGAGCGAACUAGUCCACUGACAAAAUAUGGGGGUGGACCAUAAUGAACUCUGCUGAGGUAGUGCCAUGCCUUUACAAGUGUCGUCAGUUGGUUUGAAUAGGAAAUCAACAGUGACACAAACAUGGCUUUGCUGGGUAAAUGGGCACCUUGACUGAGUGAUGGCGACAUGGCUAGUUUCCAUUCAGGUGCGGGACACCUGCACACGUCAAACAUUGACAAUCUUCAGCAUACGCACCAUCAGUUUCGUCUUCAUUGUUGGUCCGAAUGUCUUCUCAGUGAUCUGAGCUUUACUGUUUAGUAUUUGUCAUGUUGUUAGUGUUGUCACAUAUCAGUGUUGUGGUCCACUCUAUUUGACCCACACACAUACAAGGGAAUUAUCUUGUGUAGUGUUUGCGUGUUUCUCUUUCCUUUUUGACAUAAUCACCAAGCGGCUUAUGGACAGUGUUAGAGUGAGACGUUUUAUUUGUAUGUGCACUCCUGUCUUGAAUUCUGGGACAUAGGAUUGAAUGUGGUAUAGAUAUCUUUGUUGUUUAUGUGUGACCUAUGUCAUUAUCAUGUCAUUUAGAAGGUUUAGGUCUGCAUGGAUCAAGUAUGGAGACGAGCGCAGCAUUAAAACAGUGUUAUGUCAAGGUUUGGACUAUCCUACAGGCACUGAACAGGUCAUGUGAAUUGUGAGGUUUUUCAAACCCACGACUUAUUCCUCCUCUCUGCUUAUUAAAGAAAGGUUUAAGUGCCUUCAGAAUUCACCAAGGCAAAAGGAAACAGACAUGGCUGAGUUCUGUCUUUAAGGUAAUGUUUAUCCUUGUCCUUUUUUGAAACUAUGAUUUCCUCAAUCAUGAUGUGACAUCAAGGUACAUGUUUUUAAGUAAGAUGUGUGAAAUAGUUUAAGUGUACAUCUGAAGUGGCACUGUAUUCCAUUUGUAGUGCAUUGAUUUAAGAGCCAAAUGGAGCCAAACUGAGCUCAAAUGUAUUGACCGUAAGAAAAGAAAAACAUAACUGAAAUAUUCACUGUAUGAAAAAACCUAAUUUGAUCGUAUGAAUUGAUUCAAACAUGGUAAAAGUGUAUGCUUAACAAAUUAAAUGGAUUUCUGCGUCCGAUCAUAAAAUUUCUGACGAGGUGAAAUAUCCCAAACGGUCCCAAUACUGGCAUACUAGCUUACUAUCUACUAAAGAGUACAUAAACAUCAGCAAUGCAUUGAAAGGCUAAUUAAUAAUUCAAUGCCCAGAUAAAGCCCCGCCUCCACGCCAAUCGAGGCUCAAAACUUGGUUUUAAGAAAAGUUGACUCGAAUGAAGGUGGGAUGAAAUUGUAAUUGCAAGAGGAAGCGAACAUGAAAAAAACGUGUUUGAACGAAGACAUUUUAAGAUUAGAUGCGAAAAUCCAUUUGAGUUAAGCAUUAACUUUUACCAUGUUUGAAUAAAAGAAAUUCAUACGAUUACAUAUUUUUUGUUAACCUUGCUUUUAUUUUUAUUUCCCAAAACAUAUUUCAGUUAUGUUUUUCUUUUCUUAUGGCCAAUACAGCUCAAUUUGGCUCCAUAAACCAGCACCUAUAAGGGCUUUGCUUGAAAGUAGACAUCAGGAAUAGGUUGCCAUAAGAAAAGGAGUCAUGAAUACGAAGCCUUAGAUUGAGCUGGUUGCCAUUGGACCAAGUUAAAGCUAAACUAAAGCCAAAUGUGAAUUGAUUGUCAUUUUAAAAAGAAGUACUACUGAAAUGAUAACAUGUGUUUUAACACUGUUCACCUUCCCAACUUUGUAAGAUUUAUCAUGUCAUUUGUAAUAAUCAUGACUGGGAAUAUGUGACCUUUUUUUAUUUGAGUUUCUAACUCAAACUGAGGUUUCAUUUAGAUAUUUUUAUAUUGUUUUUAAGCCCAAUAUCUAUAAUGACUGAGCCAUAAUGGGUUAAAUAUUCCUCCAAAAAUAAAAGGUGUUUUUCCCCUCAGUGUUGGCAUUUGGUUUGGCUGCUAAUCCCUGUUAGCCAACACCAGGGUUCAUAUGUGACAUACUACAAACACAAUGAGGGAAUUUAAAUGUUUAGUCAUUGCAAAUACCCACACAUCCAAUGGCUGUUUUAUCACAAAAUCAGGAGUUUUUUUCCACCAAGCCUUUUUCCACAAGAGGCUCUUUCUUGGCCUUAUUAAGAAUUUGUUUCUAAUUGACCCACCUGCUAAGAUAAACAAACGCCGAUAUCUUUGAAUUAUCUCUUUUGACAAUAAUUGGGAGAUUUUUCUUUAACUGUGCAGCCUGUGGAAACAUGUAACAUUCAUUGUCAUAAUUGUCUCCAUUCGAACUAGCACAUGAACAUGGCUUCAGCUAUACACCGUGGGCAUGUUCCCCUUACAUCACAACAGCUAUAUAUAUAUAAAAAAUAAAAUGGGUCUUUUGAUUAAGCCCAGGAAAAGCUUUAACCAAACAGGGUUUCUAUUGGACAAAUUCCAGUAGGUCUCAAAUUUUUGUUUUGUUUGACAAGGUGGAACCUACCUACGUCAUUUUGCAACUAAAAUGUUUGGUUUUAAAUAAUGAACACACCCGAGAAUUUUGCUGCCAUUUACACAUUUGACCACACGGAAUCUUCACACCAGAAUUGAUCUGAUGGAUCAAAAGAGCUUUCAGUGGAAAGUCUUCCUGUCAUAAAUCUGCCUAAACAGCAGUAAAAAUGUAUUUAGAUGUAUUGUUGGUGUUUGCCAUUGUCUGGUUCUUUUGGACAAUAGAUGUGUUUUAUUUGCCUUGCCUUGAAUUUGUAUUCUGAAAAAUACUUAGGGAAAGAACAAAGCUUUGAGGUUUUUAUAUGAAGCUGUUAUUGUGUAUUCAGCCCUUGUGUAAAUCACUGUAUGUCAACUCCAUUGUUUUUGGUUCGAAGACCCUGCCUGAGCAUGUUCAAUACAGGACUUAACUGUAUUUUAUGUGCCAUCUGGAUUAUGCUGAAAAUACAAAAGAAAACCAACCAAGAAGAACAAUGCAUCAAAAUAAAUAGCAAACACUGGUAUCCAAUAAAGAAGGAAAUAUUAUCGAA